AUGUCUGGAGUCUGUUCGUUCCCGUUAACCUUCGCCCCGUGGGAUACUAUUUCUGGACACCUACCUACCUACUUACCUACCUACAUUCAGGAACUGAACCAGCCCGUACCCCUAUCACUGUCACUGUCGCUAUCACUACUAUCACUACCCCACAACUCCCUACCCAUGUCUGCACAGCGCCGUCCCGUCCCGUCCCGUCCCAUGUCAAGAAUCUUAUACUUUCGAGGAACAGAAAUACAUACUAUACGUAUUUCUGUCUGUCUGUCUGUUCGUUGUACUAUCAGUAUCAGUACAAGGGUAGGUGAACUGAACAUACUGUCUGGACUUAUCAAAAACAUAGAUAGAUACGUCUACCUUAACGGCUUAUGUAUGUAUCUAGUAGGCAGGCUAGACUAG